UGUUAGAGUCUUCCACUCCCUCGUCCUCCUGGUUGCCAAUGGCAGUUGUGCUUGGCGUCCUUUCAUUGUGCCUGCUUUUGCUGAUAACAGCGAGAAUCCUUGGUGCCAAGCACACUCAAUGGCGUGGCCAGCAGGAAAUCCUCACCCAGCAGGUGAAAAUCUCACCCAACAGCGGAAGUUGUGCCAAAGCCGAAGCACAAACCACCAAGGGACUCCGCAGGAGCUGCCAAGCAACAGAGGGGACAAAUGUCCGGUACGGUGGAUACAGUCCAGUGACAGCUUGUACCUCUUUGCUGCUGCAGACAGAACAUGGGACCAGUGUCAGUCCUACUGCUCAUCUCAAUCUGCCCGGCUGCUUAAAACUGAGAGCAAGGAAGAGAAGAAUUUCAUACAACACGAAUCAUUUCUUUAUUUUGAUCUGCGUCAAGGCUUUCAAUAUUAUUUCUCUUUCUGGAUUGGAUUAUCGUAUGAUUCCAGCUCCAGGAAGUGGGUCUGGGUGGACAGCACAGCUCUCUCCUCUGGCCUGCUUGAAAUCCCAGAAGCCGAUUACCAGCAGUAUCGGCAUGGCGCUUGUGCCUAUAUCCAAGGUGGGAAUUUCAAACCUGGAGACUGCGGAGAAACUCGAUUGUGCCAGUGUGAGAAGAUGAAGGAUUUGACAAGAACCUGAACGGCCUCACAUGGAACAGGGACUGCCGGCCUGGGGCUGUCUGCUAAACCAAACAGAGAUGGGAAAAUCUCAUUUCCUGGCUUGGUAAUUUCCUCCAUCUGCUCGUUUAUGUUGCACGUGCAAGAGUUGACUACAAUCGCUUUCCCCUAUGGCCUAACUUCAUCUGCUGGCGCCUGCAGUGGUUGGAUAAAUCUGCACACCUCACCUAAUGUUAUUUUCUUGGCUGUAUGGGCUGUAUUGAUGCAAUGUUGGGAAC